AAAGCGGACGGCGGCCGCGGGGGCGGGGUCAGAACACGGGUGGCCGAUCCCAACGCGGCUCUGUGUGGCCAGCCACCGGGCAGCGCCUCGGCGGGGCCGAGCAGGAGCAGGCACCAUGGAGUCCUUCAAGGUGGUGCUGGAGGGGCCCGCACCUUGGGGCUUUCGGCUACAGGGGGGCAAGGACUUCAAUGUACCCCUCUCCAUCUCCAGGCUCACUCCUGGAGGCAAAGCUGCACAGGCCGGUGUGGCUGUGGGUGACUGGGUGCUGAGCAUCGAUGGAGAGAAUGCCGGGGGCCUCACUCACAUUGAAGCCCAGAACAAGAUUCGUGCCUGUGGGGAGCGCCUCAGCCUGGGUCUCAGCAGGGCCCAGCCAGCUCAGAGCAAACCACAGAAGGCCCUGGCCCCCGCCGCGGACCCCCCGCGGUACACCUUUGCACCCAGCGCCUCCCUCAACAAGACGGCCCGGCCCUUCGGGGCGCCCCUGCCCGCUGACAGCGCCCUGCAGCAGAAUGGGUGCAGACCCCUGACAAGUCAACAGCCCCUCCGGCCGCUGGUCCCAGACGCCAGCAAGCAGCGGCUGAUGGAGGACACGGAGGACUGGCGGCCUCGGCCCGGGACAGGCCAGUCCCGUUCCUUCCGCAUCCUUGCCCACCUCACGGGCACCGAGUUCAUGCAAGACCCGGAUGAGGAGCACCUGAAGAAGUCAAGGGAAAAGUAUGUCCUGGAGCUGCAGAGCCCACGCUACACCCGCCUCCGGGACUGGCACCACCAGCGCUCUGCCCACGUGCUCAACGUGCAGUCGUAGCUCGGCCCUCGCCGGCCGGCUGCCCUCUCUGCCUCUCUCUUUCUGUUCCUCCCACCCAGGGCAACUCCCCCCACUUGGUCGCUGCAGCUUCCGCCUACCUCACCCCCUCCUUUCCUGCCCCUGGGCUGAGCCUCCUGCUGGCCUGGCAGAGGGGCUGGCCCUGUCUGACACUGCCUUCCCUCUUUGCCCUGUGGUAUUACUCUCUGCCAGGUCUGUGCUGGCUCAAGCAUGGAAAUAAACAUUCUCAGCCCUGCUU